AAAACACACAGCCCCAAACCCAGCCCAACCCAUUCGCCGCCCAUUGCAGUGAACUUCUCUCUCUCUCUCUCUCUCUCCCCGCAUAUAUAUAUAUAUAUAGUAGUAUAGAUAUAUACAUCGCCGACAGACUGAGACAGCCGGUUGUGUAUAACAAUCAGAGCGUGGAGCAAUGACGGUGUUGAGGUCUCGAGAGAUAGUCCCGAUGGUCAAAUCUCAAAGUCCACUGAAAACCCUAAAAAGAGGAGGAACGAUUGAAUCGUCGAAAACCCUAGAGCCCUCAAACCUGGCCGCUUCUACCCCUAAGGCGCUAGGGUUUUGUUCCGAUUCGCCGGUCUCUCUUUCUGGGAAUGUUCGUAGACGUAGCCUCCGUCUCGCUUCUAUUCAAAGCGGCGUUCAUGAAAUCACCACCCCAACCCCUGCUGUUACUGUUACUAGUAUUAUCAAUCAGGAUGCAGAGAAGGGGACAGGGAAGCGCAAAUUGGCUUCCGAAGGAUCGCUCAGUUUGCGAUCUGGAAAGAAAAUUUGUAAGAGGACAUCUUCGAUUGAAGGAAGCACUUGUGAUGAUGAUGAUAAGUCGGUUCAUCAUGUGAACAACCAAAGGGGAGUAGAAAUGUCGGUUGUUUCGAAUACUGUCAAUUUGCUGGAACAUGUAGUGGGGUUGAAUGAAUUGGACAAAGACCCAACCAGUGAUGAAGCUUGUACUGCUGGUAUUAAGGCUACAAGGCGACUCAGCAGGGUAGAGAAAGGGAAGGGCAAAGCUGUUAAUGAUGAUUUGUUAUCAAAUGAUAACACUGUUUUAGAUACUGCUGCUCAUUUGCCCGAAAAUGUAGGUCUGAAAGAAUUGGAGAAAGACCCAAUUGCUGAUGGAAAUUGUAAUGGUAAGCCUAGAAAGAGGCUUACUAGGGAAGAAAAGGGGAAGAGGAAAGUGGUUGAGGAGGGUUUGUUGUCAAAUGGUAUUCAGGCUUUGGAAUUGAACCUGGAAACUCAACCGGGAGAUUCAGAAAAAAAUGCAGUUUCUGGUACGCGCUCUUUGGCUGAUGGUCAAGAUGGAAGUCCGGUUGUGGAGACUAAUAUGGUUAAUUUUCCAAGAGCUAGGGAUUACAAGGAACGGUUCCGAGAUAUAGCCAGGCAAAAUGCAUCACGAUUUGCUCAUUUCUCUUCCGAAGAGGUAGAGGAAAACGGUGUCACUAAUGAGGCUGAAGGGGAAAUGCCAGGAAGGGAGGGGGACGGGGAAAUUGAAGACUGGCCUGGUCCUUUUUCGACCGCUAUGAAGAUUAUUAAGGACCGAGAAAUGAAUGCGAAUGUGUCGCAACAGAAUUCCUGUUUGGAUAAAAGUAAACCUGCACCAAUAAUGUGGGCUCCCAAAAAGGAUCAGCACAGUGACCGCUCAAAGCUGUUGAUCCCCCCACUUCAAGACUUAUGUAUAGCAAUUCUUGCCAAAAAUGCAGAUGCAAUCACUUCACUUGAAAGUGUGCCUGAUGUACUGAAGCACAAGCUCAGUCAGUUGCUUUGCGAUUCUCGGCGAAUGAACAGUCAUUUCCUUGAUCUCCUUGUACGUGGAUCUCCUACAGAAAUACGCAUACGUGAUUGUUCAUGGUUAACUGAGGAACAAUUAUUGAGUGCUUUCGAAGGGUGUGAAAUCAAUAACUUGACGGUGCUGCAGCUUGAUCAAUGUGGACGCUGUAUGCCAGAUUAUGUUCUAGUUGCUAUCUUAGCUCGCAUGUCAAACAUCCUUCCUGCAUUAACUACUAUAUCCUUGAAGGGUGCAUGCCGUCUUUCAGAUGUUGGGUUAAGUGCACUAGUCGGUUCUGCGCCUGCUUUAAGAUCUAUAAAUCUCAGCCAGUGCUCUCUGCUCACCUCUGAUGGAAUCAAUACUUUAGCUGAUUCAUUGGGAUAUGUUCUGAGAGAAUUGUAUAUAGAUGAUUGCCAAAACAUAGAUACAAUGCUUAUUCUGCCUGCGUUGUCAAAGUUAGAGCAUUUGGAAGUGUUGUCACUAGCUGCGAUUCAAACUGUUUGUGAUGAUUUUGUCAUCAAAUUCAUAGAAGUGCAUGGUCACAAUAUCAAGGAGCUUGUUUUGACAGAUUGUAGGAAAUUGACUGAUUCUUCCAUGAAAGUCAUCGCAGACACUUGUACUGGAUUAUGUGUUCUUGACCUUGGUAACUUGUGCAGAUUGACAGAUUCCGCAAUGGGAUAUCUUGCAAAUGGUUGUCGAGCAAUUCAAACCUUAAAACUCUGCCGGAAUUCAUUCAGUGAUGAAGCUGUUGCUGCAUACCUUGAAGCAUCUGGGGAGUCUUUGAAAGAAUUGUCUCUCAACAAUGUUAACAAGGUUAGUAACAACACAGCUAUAUCACUUGCCCGACGUUCGAGAAAGCUGUUUACUUUGGAUUUGUCGUGGUGUCGCAAUCUGACCAAUGAGGCUGUAGGUUUGAUUGUGGAUAGUUGUUUGUCACUGAAAGUGCUCAAAUUGUUUGGAUGUACUCAGAUUACAAAUGUAUUUUUGGAUGGCCACUCAAAUCCGGAGGUGCAAAUCAUUGGAUUGAAGAUGACUCCAAUAUUAGAACAUCUUAAGGUGCCUGAUCCUGUAGGACUAUUGCGUUAUUCUUGUGUGCCUUCCUGAAUGUGAUACCAAUUUGGACCAAUGACAUAUGUAGCCUCAUCCACAGUGUCCUGCAUGUGAUCUUUAUCAAAGUGGUAAAUUCCCCCAUUUUUGCGAAGCACCUAUUUCUACUUUUUCUUGUUGGAAUAGUAAAAUGUAAAGUUGUAGAAUAUGCAAAAUGAUACUUUUUGUAUGUUUAGUACAGCUGGGCAUUUUUCUGUAUCUGUUUUUGUUAUGGAUGAAGACUGGAACUUAUGGCAACUGACUUUUAACCUUCCCCCCUUUGCA